AUGUUACUAAUAACUUCGACCGCACUGUUUGCGGUUUUUUUAAUAUGCGAAGCUGUACCGACACCUUCGAAUAAUAAAGAUGGCGGUGGAGCUAUCGGUGAGUUGCCAGAGAACUGGGAUCAAACUAAAGAUGACACCCAAUCUCUUUUCUUAAACAAGAGCGAUAAAAAUGACUUAGAACCUUAUCCCUUGGCUCUUAGUGAGGAAGGUAAUAUGGAAACAGGAAACUCGGAAGGCUAUGAACAAGGAGUAGAUCAGAGAUUCGAUUCACCUCAGCCUAAUGGAGAACUAAACAAUUUUAUAAUGCGGCCUGAAUUAUACGGCGAACCUCCAGCAAUGGAGAGUUUGGCCUCGGGCUAUGAGUCACGGAGACGUAAACGAGGAAGCGGCACAAAAGUUGGCGGCGCAGGCGCUGCAACUAAAGUAGCCACAAAAUCUGGUUCGGGCAAGAAAAAUCUAAAACCAGAAGAGCACGAUAGCCUUUCGCCAGUAGAUUCGAUGACUCACGAACACGACGCACAUCGCCGCAAGCGCGGUAGUGGUACUAAAGUAGGCGGUGCGGCCGCUUCUGCCAAAACUGCCACCAAAAAUACCGGCGGCAAUAAAAAGAAUUUCAGGCCCGUCUCAGAACGUCGCAAACGAGAUUCUGGUCUGAGCGCUGCUGAUGUCCGAGCUCUGCUAAAUUUGUGGGAGGCGCAGGAACGCAAGAAACAGGAAUGGAACGCAAACCAAUGGGCGGCAGAUCGUUACUAUGGACGUGUCAACACUGAAGACGAUCAACCCGAAGUUGAUGAGAAUGGUGACAUAUGGUAUAAAGAACCUGUUGUAACCGCUCCCCGUGAACAAGAAUAUCCUCACCACUCGUAUUUCUCAGAACAAAAGCAUAUGGGUUUGGCCAGAGGCUAUCCGGAAAUGUAUCCUGUAGGACCCGCUGAGUUAGCACAAAGAUACGAAGAGGCUCGACGCAAGAGGCAAUACGCUAAUAAGAUGAAGCGAUUCAUGGUUGCGAGGAAACGCUCUGAUGGAGUGAUGCACCAGAAUACAUAUCGGCCUCGUGAUGACCUUUACACACUCGCUGAAUUACUGCGCUCUGCACCUCGAGUGCAAGAACAAGAUAUCCCCGUGUAUCGACGACUGAUACUUUAA